GCGCGCGCCUUUCCUGGACCAGGAAUACCCUCUCCUAGAGUUAGGCUUUUGUGACGUCACGUCUGGGCGUGGGGAUUCCGGUGGGGGGGAAGCCCCUCCCCGAGCGGGGCGGCACCUCCAGGCCGCGGGAGAAGCGCUUGGCCCCGCCAUGGCUGCUGGCCUGCAGUUUCUGCUGCUGGUCCCUGCCCUGGGCAGCUUCCUUUUCACCUUCGGGACCGGCGUGGAGUUGAUCCGCUUCGUCUCCCUUCGGGCUGUCCUCGGGCCGCCCCAAGCCCGAGCAGAUGCUGCCUCUCAUCCUCAAUGGGGAGCUGCCCUGACGGAUCCCAAGGUUCUCCGUCCCCUGAUGGUGGAUAUGGGCUUGAUCGUUCUCUUCAUCCUUCAGCACAGCCUUAUGGCCACUGAGAGCGUCAAACGAUGGACCGGUGGCUGCUUUGGGGUUCUGCAGAGAUCUUUCUAUGUCUUUUGCACAGCACUGGCCAUUCAGCUACUGCUGAGGUACUGGCAGCCAGUACGGGAUGGUCCAAUGCUCUGGAAUACAAGCACUGAGCCUUGGGUUACCUGGGUGCCCCUCAUCUGUUUCAUCCUCCACUUCAUUGCCUGGCUGGUCAUCUUUAGCAUCAUCCUCAUCUUCGACUAUGCAGAGCUGAUGGGGGUCAAACAGGUUUAUUACCACUGCCUCGGCAUGGGAGACCCCUUGGCGGUGAAGUCCUCGCAGGUCGUCCGCCUCUUCUCCCACCUGCGCCACCCUGUGUAUCUGGAGUUUCUCCUCAUCCUCUGGGCUGUUCCGUGCCUCUCCCUGGACCGCCUGCUGCUCGCCGUGCUCUUCACGGCCUACUUGACUUGUGCCCACAGCCUCGACCAGCAAGACUACCUCUACCUCCGAGCCCAGCUGGACAAGAAAUUCCAAGUUUUCUCUCGGGAAGAGGCAGCCUAUGGUGACCUGUUGGCUCAAAAUGGGCCCUCAGCCUACAGGGCGAACUGAGUGAGGAGAUCAUCUCAAGUCUGGCUCCUCAGGACCAGACAGGCUGAGUUCCUCCCAUGCUGAACACUGAUGGACGCGCUGUGUCUUAACAUCUUUUGCUUUAAUGCACUCAGGGUCUAGUGGCCUACCAAAACAACCCAGGAGCCCUGGCUUCCAGCAUUCCCACUCUCUGUUGACUCCCUCAGAAUAGGUGUGUGGAGCUUCUAGCUCUUAAUUCCCAAGUUAAAACCAUCCUGUUGGGCUGGAUUCAAACCAGUCCAACAGAUUUGAAUCCUGUGAGGAGAAGUGGAAACUCAGGACACCAGAGUUUUGUAAUAUGUUAAAGGUAAAUAUUGGGGACUCCCCCCUCCAAAUUUUGACAAGUUCUUUAAGGAAGAGCAGCAAGAGUCCCUGGUAGUUGGAAUCCAAGUGAUCAUCCCCACCCUCACCUCCAGAAGGCCUUUCUGUGUCUUUUUAAUAGCCACAAGGCAGGCAGGCAGUCCAACAGGCAGUGUUUUUGCAGAGGAAGGCAGAACAGCCUUGCUGGUGUAAGAAAGAGGUGAAGCUGGACUUCUCAGUGCUGUAAUAUACUUUGGGCACAGAGAAGAUGGCUUUGUCUUUUAUCUUUUUUUUUCCCUUUCAUCAGCAUCUUUUCAUGUUUUAAUAAACUUUUAUCAACAUUUUUACUGCAAAGAUUUUGCCAACAUGUAUUUUUUUUAAAGCAAAGGAUUUUUGUUUCACUAACAAGCAUGCUAGAGAUCAUGUGCAAUGUGUUAGGAAAAUUAGAAAAAAAAAUUCUAUAUAUCUGUUGCCUCUGGAAUGGUGGCUCCAAGGCAUUCUAUGCAGCAAUUAUGCAGAAUUAAUCACUUAUUCUCUUGCUUGUUCUUCCAUCCAAGAGUCACUUAAUGAUUAAGCCAUUCUCCUUUCACUAAGAGGCAGAGGCCUGUCUGGGUCAAGAAAGAAAAUGCAUUAGAAACAAUUCAUGUCAAAAUGCUAGCCAUGCAGUACGUCAAUGACCCUUUAAAAACUAGUGUAGGGAAGGGAAAGGUGUAACCCUCCAGAUGUGGUUGGCCAACGCUCAGCAUGGUCCAGACAGGACAGAUGUGAGUUCAGCAUCAUCUAGGACAGAUGUGAGUUCAGCCAAACAUAUCCCACUGCCUUAAUAUUAGACUUCAUAGGGUUAUUCUCAUCUG